AUGGACAUUCACGACGUCUCCAAUGUACCGGAGUACAUGCAAUGGCUGCGUAAGCACAGGCAGACACUUCAAAGUGCCCAGUCGCGUCAGGGUCAGAAGCCCAAGUUCACAAAGUCGCGAGACGGGAUCAUCAUGCAGUUCAUGCUUCGGCUCAUGGCUAGUACGGCCCGUGUUGACUCCCCUAGCAAUAUCCGUUCAUCUUUCGUGCCUCCUGCCUAUGCACCUUGUGUCACUGCCUUACAUGAUCUGAGGAAAACCAAGAUCAAAGACCUCAGACUGGAGACUCAUCAUCGUGGGUCUUACAUUGUGCUACGCGCAGUCACCCCGCCAGACAUAAUGACGGCGGUCGUGGCGAUUGUUGAGGACGAGGAUGGGGAUGUUCUCAUGCUGCAAUUGUACAAUCAAGAGAAGGAUCUGGUUGCGCAUGGCCGUCUUGCUGAAGGAACGGUCAUGAUUGUGAAGGAGCCGUACUUGAAGGUCAUGUCCGAUGGGGAUUAUGGGAUUCGAGUCGACCAUCUUUCCGACAUGAAGCUCCUCACCGAACAUGACCCCCUGCUCCCAUUGCUGUGGAGGCCGCGGCUCACGGAGAUCGACACCUCUGCCCGCUUCUGGAGGUUGAAAGGCAACGACUAUUUCAAUGCAGGUGGCUAUCACCUUGCUAUCGAAUGCUACUCACAGGCCCUAGCUUCCUCCCCGACAACUGAAGAGGCCUUCACUAUCAGACUCAAUCGUGCCCUGACUUACCUCAAGGCGAAUCAAUUUGAGGCGGCACUCAGCGAUACCGAGAAGCUCGCGCCAGGCUCGGACUCAAAGCCGUCAGAGAAAGCGCUUCUCCGCAGGGCUCAGGCCCUGUACUAUCUCCAGAGAUACCAGGAGUCUUGUGAAGUUCACCAAGUACUGGGCAGGGAGUAUCCGACAAACGCUACCGUUAAGAGCGAGUUCGGUCGAGCCGAGGCACGACUUGCCGAACAGCAGAGCGGCAAGUAUCAAUUUCAGCGUUUGCAACUCGAGGCAAAAAAGCGUCGCCCACCGCAUCUCGACCAUGCGACCUACAUUGGCCCGGUGGCUGUGGGAUCUGCCCAGUCUCGGGGCCGAGGGUUAUUCACGACAGCGCCAGUCCGCGCCGGCGAUCUUCUCUUCUGCGAGAAAGCUUUCACGCAUGUCUUCUAUGACACGGAGUCAUCGGAUGGUGGCCUUACCCUUCUGAUCAACGUGCAAGAGGAUGCGAUGACGAUCGGGGCACAGGCAAGCCUUAUUGCCCUCAUUGCCCAGAAGUUGUACAAGACCCCGUCGUUGAUGCCAACAUUCACCGAUCUUUACCACGGGUCAUACAAGCCUGUGAAGGUCUCGGAGGUAGAUGGUACACCUGUUGUGGACACCUUCCUCAUUGAACGUACCAUGUCGUUGAAUGUGUUCGGCUGUCCUCUCUCAUCCCGAGAAUCUCACAUACGUGCUAUGAGGAAAAUGACACCACAGGUCAAGGGCCGUGAUGCGUUCCAUUCUUGUGGGGUCUGGGCUCUAGCAUCGUACAUCAACCAUUCCUGCUAUAGCAACGCGCAACGAUCCUUCAUCGGCGAUAUGAUGAUUGUCCGUGCCACCCAAGAUCUCCCUGCGAACACGGAAAUUGCAUUCUGGUACCAAGAGCCCUCGGAGCAAACUUCAAAAGAGAAACCAGUCAAUUUGCAGCACUGGGGCUUUAAGUGCAGCUGUGAAGUGUGUCAAGACCUCUUUGAAACCGAGAAUAGCGUUCUCGCCAACAGAAGAAGGCUGGUGGCCGGUUUAGCAAAACUCUUCCAAUCUGGAAAGUCAAAUCUAGCUAGGAUCGAAGCCACCCUCGCCACGAUUGAGGGGACUUAUCGUCGGCCAGCCUUUGAAGUUCCACGUUGGAGCAUCUGCAAGGCGUACCUGACGCUCGCCGCGAUCUACGCAGGGACUCAUCAGCCACAGAAAGCGGUCCAGUGUGCCCUGAAAACGCUGGAAUCACUUGGCUAUAUUGUGGAAGGCGGAGCCCUUCCGCAUCAGACAGGUACACCACUACUGAUUCGGAAAUGGGGAUUGAUGAAGGAUAGCCUGGUCGGGUGUUGGAUGAUUCUUUCCACGGCCUAUAGGGACAUCGCACCGGAGCUCGCCAUCCAGGCGGGAGAAUACGCUAGGAUCACGUACAGGAUCUGUGUUGGUGAGGACGAGACUUUUGAUCAAACCUAUAGCCCGUACUCUGAGAGAGUAGAUGGUCUUCUCAGCAAGGCAACUUACUAA